AUGGCCACAGAACAGAUCUCGGAGAUAUCUUUGCCACUCAGGACGGCUAAGCAGUCGGUCUCGCAUCCGUUGGCACCACUUAGUGCAGACGAGAUCCGAGACGCUGCGGCGAUCAUCAAAUCGCAAUGGCCAGUCAACACCGAUCUUCACUUCAAGACAAUCACUUUGGAGGAGCCUGCAAAGGCCGAGACCGUCCCCUAUAUUGAAGCCGAAUACCAUGGCUACGACCUGCCCAAGAUCGAUCGCAGGGUGCUCAGCACUUACUAUCUAAGGAAGACCAACAAAUUCCACGAAGCAAUCAUCAACUUGACUCAGAAGACUCUCGAACGCAAUGUACGACUGGGAGCUAAUAUACAUGCCCCUGGUGAUGGUGAAGAGAUCGUUGCGAUCGAGCGAAUCGCUCUUGAAGACGAAGGCGUACAGGCUGAGCUUGCCAAGAUGCAGUUGCCCGAGGGUGCCCAGAUUGUCGUCGAUCCUUGGAUUUACGGUGCCGACGGCAUCAACGAUGACGAGCGCAUGUGGCAGCUGUUCAUGUAUCUGCGCGGCACUGCCGAUGAGAUCGACUCGAACCACUAUGCCAUCCCUCUCCCGUUGUCUCCGGUCGUUAGUGGAGAUGAGAGGAAGGUCAUUCGUAUUGAUUACCUUCCCACGGGGAAGGACAAUUCCAUAAGUGCUCCGCGACCUUACACGGCCAAACCUGCGAACGAAUAUAUCCCGGAGGCACAGCAGCUUCGAACAGACCUGAAGCCUCUGAACGUCGUCCAGCCAGAUGGGGCCAGCUUCAAUGUCACAGAGCAAGGCACGUCCCGUAAGAUUCAAUGGCAGAAGUGGGAGUUCCGAGUUGGCUUCAACCAGCGAGAGGGCAUGGUGCUAUAUGAUGUCCGCUACGAGGGGCGUAACCUGUUUUAUCGCCUCUCGCUCAGCGACAUGAACAUCCCAUACGCUGACCCGCGCCAUCCCUUUCAUAAAAAGUCGGCAUUCGAUCUCGGUGACGCUGGUGCUGGCAUCAUGGCAAACGACCUUAAGCUUGGCUGUGACUGCCUGGGAUCAAUCCACUACUUGUCAGCUGUGCUGAACGACGACAAGGGUGAGCCGCUAGAGAUGCCAAAUGUUGUCUGUAUUCAUGAGCAAGACGGUGGCAUCGGCUGGAAGCACACCAACUACAGGACUGGACGCGCCGCUGUAGUUCGCAACCGUGAGCUGGUGCUGCAAUCUAUCAUCACAGUCUCCAACUAUGAGUACAUCUUGGCGUUCAUGUUCAACCAGGCCGGCGAGAUGACAUAUGAAGUACGAGCUACUGGUAUUUUGUCGACACAGCCGAUCGAUGAGGGCAUUGAAGUGCCAUGGGGUACCGUUGUUCACCCGGGCGUGCUCGCAGCCCACCAUCAGCAUAUCUUCUCACUCCGCGUUGACCCGAUGAUCGACGGCUAUCAUAACCGUCUCGUCUAUGACGAGGCACUGCCGAUGCCCAGGAGUGACUUCAACCCGCAUGGUACUGGCUACUACACCGAGGAGACUGUUAUCGAGAAGUCCGGCGGCUUCGACCUUGAUUAUGACAAGAACCGCACGUUCAAAAUCCAGAACGUGGACGUGCGGAACCCAGUCAAUGGCAAACCGUCUGCGUACAAGAUCCAUGCUCCUCCGUUCCAGAAGAUCCUCUCCGAUACAGAGAGCUUCAACCACAAGCGAGCUGAGUUCUCUGAUCGCAACAUAUAUGCCGUGAAGUACCAUGAUGACGAGCUUUUCGCGGGAGGCAAGUACACAAACCAAAGCAGAGGAGGUACUGGUGUCCGUGGCUGGGCCAACAGGGCUGAGAGGAUCGUCGACGAGGACCUCGUUGUGUUCGUACAGUUCGGCAUCAACCACAUCCCACGCAUAGAGGACUUCCCCGUGAUGCCCUGCGAGGUAAUCAAAGUAUCUUUCAAGCCUGUCAACUUUUUCGACAGGAACCCGGCUAUCGAUGUACCUCCAAGCACCCAGGAAUUCAACAAGAGCACUCUCCUUGGCCAAGUCCACCAACAGAGCACCACCGAAGGUACUAUUCGAGACGGCGGGGUAUGCUGCUCAAAUCCUGCCAGUGCGAAGCUUUAA